AUGGCGGCAGUGUUGCCGAGGACGCUGGGCGAGCUUCAGCUGUACCGGAUCCUCCAGCGAGCCAACCUGCUCUACUACUACGAAGCUUUCAUCCAGCAGGGUGGCGAUGACGUGCAGCAGCUAUGCGAAGCCGGUGAGGAGGAGUUCCUUGAAAUCAUGGCGCUGGUCGGUAUGGCCAGCAAGCCACUCCACGUUAGGCGCCUGCAGAAGGCCUUGCGCGACUGGGUAACCAACCCAGCCAUCUUCAACCAGCCUCUCACCUCGCUCCCGGUGUGCAGCAUUCCUGUAUACAAGCUGCCUGAAGGUUCUCCCACACUGCUGGGUUCCCAGGACCGAGCCAACACAUCCAGUGUCAAGAUUCCCAAAUCAGUCGCCACCUGCUCAGACACAGGAAAACUGGAUGUGACUCGGGACAAAGUAUCUGUAAGCUCACCUCUUCCUGGAAACGCCGAAUCUCGGUUCUGGUCAGGACAUAGCAACGAUAGCGAGCAUAGCCUGUCACCAACCGACCUAGGUUCCCCAUCUUCUCCAAGAGACGUAAUGGAAGCUCUGGAUGUGGCUGCGGUGCAGUCGGUGCUGGAGUGUGUGGACAGGAUGGCGCCAGGGCUUGCCAAGGUGGACAUUGCUGAUGUUAAAGAGCAACUCAAGAGCAACAAGAAACUAGCCAAGAUGAUCGGACACAUCUUUGAGCUAAGCGACGAUGACCCGCGUAGGGAGGAGGAGAUCCGCAAGUACAGUGCCAUUUACGGACGCUUCGACUCCAAAAGAAGGGAUGGAAAACAUCUGACGCUUCAUGAGCUGACAGUGAACGAGGCUGCAGCGCAGCUCUGCAUGAGGGACAUGGCUCUGCUCACACGCAGAGACGAGCUGUUUGGGCUCGCCCGACAGAUCUCAAGAGAGGUCACUUACAAAUACACCUACCGCACUAGCAAAUCUCGCUGUGGGGACCGUGAUGAGCCAUCUCCAAAAAGGAUUAAAACUGAGGAGAACUUCUUCGACAUCCAGGAAGCACUUCAGGCCAUCCACAUGAGGCAGGAAAUGCUGAGGGAGCAGCUGGCCUGCGCCAAGUCUAAAGGAGAUGAAAGCAUUGGAAGGAAUCUGCAGAUGCAGCUAGAGCGUCUGCUGGCGAGACAGAUGGAAAUCCUCCAGGACGCCGCAGUCCAGGAGCGACUGCAGGCUCUGGAUUGGAGGAUUCCCGCUGCUGCCUUGAAGUACCUCACCAACGCCCAGAAUACCAACGGGGCUGCCAGUGACUCCAGCAAGGAGAAUCAAGAUGAGCGACCUGUAAACUUGCGCGUCGUGAGCCAAACCAUGCAGGAAGGUGACCUUCCGUUAGGUAAACAGCUUGCCAAUGAGCUGAAACGUCACCACAACAACAACAGCAGCACAGACGAGACCAAAACACCAGCAACAGAAAAUGGGAUGUCACAGCGAGCAGCCGGCAACACAGACAAAAAGAUCAUCAAAUCAGAACCUGAGGACUCAACAUAG